CCUGUCACAUCGAUAAAUGAGUUGGCAAUAACUUUUGGGAAGCUACCAGCUUCCAUUUGGGUCAAUAGCAUCCACAUCUCGAAACAUCUACCCUACUUUCAUUCAUCACCUCAGACUACGCCUUUUUAGUCACGGCCGACCGAUGCAUUCAUUGAAUGCUUUUCGAUGUAUGAUUUUGUUUUUCCCUCUCUCUAUGUUCUUGCGUUGUAUCAGCAUCAUCCAACGACGGCGCAAAUGGGCGGGACCACGCAAUGAAGAAGUCAUUGGAUCAGUUUUCAGCAUACACCCCACAGUGGUUGGCGUUAUCCUGUUUCUUCCCUUAUCAACAUGUAUAAGCAGUCAUGUUUCGAACGGGGAAAGUGAAUAUACCCUGGUCCCGUUUUUUUCCUUCCAGCAGAUUUCCGGAUGCGGGAAAAUCCACCUUCUUUUCUUUCCAAUCAGGGAGGGGCAUGGUCUUUUCUACUAUAUUUCUCUUUCUCUUCUCGCAAUCCGAGAGGAUGGGCCGGUCUUUUUCAAGCGAUCAAGGCCUUCUUUUUCCCAUACCCACACAAGGGGCGGCGUUGUUUCGAGGGACGCGGAAUGGAAAAAUCAUAACGCUAUACAGUACGCGUACGUAAAUAGAUAAUUUAAUUGUAAUUCAAUUCGAAUCCUCCCGAAUUCUCG